AUGAAAGCGACGGCUAUAAUCGGUCUCGCCUCACUGACUCUCGCUCUAGCUCAGCAGUUUCCUCGCCAUAUCACCUCCUAUGAAUCGUUGGGACUGAGUUCAAAGUGCUUCGAGGCACUCAACACCACGGUGGAUUGUUCAGGUCGUUUGGGCUGGCACGUUAGGUCCGAGUCUCCCAGAAUCAACAUUCUUGAUGCCGAUGGAAUCGAUGCCAUCUGCACCGAAGGCUGUAAACAAUCUUUGAUGAACCUGAGAUCCAAGAUUCAAAAUGAUUGUGAUGCAGUCGAAGACGUCCUUGAUCAUAACCUAUUUCUCUACCCAGCGACAUAUAUUCUGGACCGCUAUAUCUAUGCCUACGACAUGUCUUGCUACAAAAACAGAAAAACGGGGCAAUGGUGCGAUCAAGUACUUGACGAAUGGAGGAACACUACGGAUGAUGUGCCUCACGACUGCGACGACUGCAUUCUAGGGCCAAUGGAGAUUGCGGCCAACUCUCCCCUCGGCCACACAGAGGCUCUAGCCGCCGACUUUCAGUCGGCUGUGUCCAGUUGUGGAGCGACAGACUACGUAUAUGCGAGCCCGGCACAGUACAUUAUGAACCCGACUGCGGCUUUGUUCGAAGCCGAGACUACCGUGAGAGCCGCAACCAAGAGCUGGUCCGCUCAACGCAUGUCGUCGGACUGCAGCGAUACUUAUCGCGUCCGAGAAAACGACACAUGCACCUCCAUAGCUGCGACCCUGAGUGUACCAAGCAGGGGUCUCGUCGAGGCGAACGAAAGACUCGAUGAUUGGUGCGGCGGCCUCGAAGUUGGUCAGGACCUUUGCCUGCCCGAGAAAUGCAAUGUUCAUUUUCUUACAAUCACGGAUUCUUGUGACUCACUUUUCGCGACAUAUGGACUUAGCCAAGAGAAUCUGUACAAAUGGAAUUCCAAGCUUUUCAUAGAGUGUAGCCACUUGAAAGAUUUCCGUGGUCAGUAUAUUUGUGUCGGGUAA